UUGGAAUCUGGAAUCCGGAUUCCGAUUUCCGACACUAGAAUACCUAGGAAUUUUGUAGUGUAAAGCCAUUGUAAAGCCAGACGAGAGAAAAAAAAGGAAUUUAGUAAUUGACUUGAAGCACAACUUAUGGAGUAGCCAAAUGCUUAUGACAAAAAGCAAAAAGACAACAGCAGGCGUAUGGACAGUUGCUUGAAUAUUAUGCUUGCCAAUACUUUGGAGCGUUCCGAAUCACAAAGACAAGCUAUCUGUGGUGUUUGCCGAGCAUGCUGUUUGUUGUUUGCCACAAGCGUGAAGCGCAUCCAUUAGAUUAACGAAAUAGAAUAGUGUUGGCGCUUGGCAAGACUGCCAGCGAUUUUGAUUUUUGACAUGACAAUAAUUGACAACUGACAAGUUACUGUCAGAAGAGUUUAAAAUUUCAAGUGUACACAUACCUACAUAACCCAAUUUUACUGUAUGAAAUUGGGUUUUGGUGUUAGUAUUUAUUUAUUAAGUACUGCAAACGUAUCAUUAAUUUAAAUAAACAUUGUUGCUUUUACCAUACAACAUAUAAGAAAUAUUGAAAAAUGCAACUCUACAGAAACAAAGUCAUAUGAAAAAUUGGUUCGCCUUAGUGCAUUUCUGAAAUAGAAAUCGUGCUUUAAGUUUAGGUUUCACUAAAUCGGAAUCGAAAAUGGAAAACAUAAAAAAAUCAGAGGAUUUGGACAGUCCAACAGCUGAUGGAAACCUUUUACAGCCACCGAAGGAUCAGAGUAUUCCAACAAGAAACCCUCUGAUGAAAGUACGUACUUAUGUGCUAGCGCUGCGGCCGUGGUCUCUUAGCGGAAGCCUCCUGCCUACUCUACUAGGAGCUGCACUGGCGUAUCGUCUUCCAGGCGACAAUGGUUUCAGUUGGGUGACAUUGCUACUCACUUUGUGCACAGUUAUCCCCGUCCACGGCGCCGGGAACGUCGUCAACACAUACUUCGAUUUCGUCAAAGGUAUAGACAACCGAAAAUCAGAUGACCGAACUUUAGUCGACCAUAUCUUAAGUAUUGAUGAAGUUGUUUCCCUUGGAGCCAUACUUUAUAUGGCAGGAUGUGCAUUUUUUGUAUUGCUUGUCAUAAUGUCUCCAGCAAGAAUGGAACACUUAGCUUUAGUGUACUUCGGAGGCUUGUCAUCCUCUUUUCUUUACACUGGGGGCAUCGGUCUUAAGUACAUAGCCCUCGGUGAUAUUAUAGUUCUAGUCAUAUUUGGGCCUGUGUCUGUAGUGUUUGCCUUCCUAGCACAAACAGGAAGAGUAGAUUGGCCUAUUUUUUACUAUGCUAUACCACUGGCCCUAAACACUGAGGCUAUUUUACAUAGUAACAAUACUAGGGACUUGGAGGCAGACAGUAAAGCAGAGAUUGUAACGUUAGCUAUUCUAAUAGGCAGAACUGCAUCUCAUUUACUUUAUGCAUUUUUACUUUUCACCCCAUACAUAAUGUUUGUAGUGGCAUCAGUCAGAUGUUCCCUUUGGUUUCUAUUGCCAUUGUUGACUUUGCCCCGAGCAUUUGAAAUUGAGAGGAGGUUUAGACGCCCUGAAACAAUGCAGUAUGUUCCCAGACAAACUGCAAGACUUAAUUUUUAUUUUGGAAUGUUGUAUAUGAUUUCAUGUCUGUUUGCUAAUAAAUUACCAUUUCUUCUGAGAUAAUAAAAAACUGUUUAUUAUUUGGUAUCAUUAAUAUUUAUGUACUUAAUGGAGCUUAUUUUUAACUAUUGUGAAUAAACUGCCCUAUACAUAUAAAAAUGGACCUUUUAUUUAUAAGAAUGUAUAACAAUGAUGUAUUAUUAAGGUGCAUGCUCAAAAAGUAAUGUUGACAUCCUUUAUCAUUAGAUUUUAUCAACUUUAGAAAGUUAUGAUGUAUAAAUAAAUGAUUUUAUGCAAAAUUAAUGAUAUUUAUGGCAGUUAUUCUUGUUAUUGAUAUAUUAUGUAUACUUAUGUGUAUGGAAUAUUUUUGUGAGUUUUGUUAAGACAUUUUAUUAUUUAUUAAUUUUACUCAUCUGUUGCUAUAGUUUUGGGUAUUAGUUUUUGUAGAAACUUAAUACUUAGCGUA